AUGCUGGUCCUCGAACUCACGACCUGCGCCUUCAUCUUCACCUCGCUCUUCUCCUUCGUCGUCGCCCUGCCGCGCGCACAGCCUGCGGCAAGAAAGCCACCGCUUGGAGCUCGGAAGGCGCCGCUGUUCCGGACGCCGCGGCCGGGAAAGCCGGGAGUGCGGCGCAGGCGCCAGGAUGGGAGCGCUGCGGGGGGCGUGAGUGAUGGAGGCGCUGCUAGGAGCGUGGGAGCCGCUGGGAGCCCGGGCCCGGCGCGCAGGGUAAUAGGGCGGUAG